UCUGGAAGAAUGUGGGGCGACGUUGUUCUCUCUGGUUGCAGUAUUUCCAUGGAAACCUUUACUGCUUGGAACAGGCAUGCUGACAAUCACAUCCAAGAGUUAGCCUGUUGCUGAAAGGCUGUGGGUCCCUAACAUGUGGCUGCCGCACAGACCCAUCUGAAAACUCAGUUCUGCUGGCUGCAGGUUCACAAUCAAAAACCUGUCCAGUUCCGCUAGCACUAACCCGGGAGACAGAAACAUUGCUAGAGAUUUUUAUCUUGGAAUUGAGAAGCAGAAAGUUUUUAGGAGUAGUACAGAUUAGCAUGUGACAAUGUGAAAGUGAUGUGCUGAACUUCUCGGCUGAAAUAUCAGACAGAAAAACAACAGAAAUGGCUACUUUGAAUGAUCGAGAUGUUAAAACUUUGCUUAAUUUUGUGAAUCUGGCUUCCUGUGACAUUAAAGCUACUUUGGAUAAGUCGGCUCCUUGCAAAAGGUCAGUAGACCACAGGAAGUACCUCCAGAAGCAGCUGAAGAGAUUUUCUCAGAAACAUGUACCAGCUAAGGGUAUGGCAUCUCAGACUAAAGAUGCUGUUGGACAGAAGCAUUCCUGUAGCACAUCCAGCAUCUCUUCAGAUAGCGAGGUGGAACCUGAAGGCUGUUCUUCACAAGAGUCAUGGAAGCCAUCAGUGGAAAUGCAGAAAGCCGUCUUCACAGACAGAGAGACAUCAGAAUCUAGCAAGUACGAAACUGUCCCUCUACGAAAAAGAAGGUUGCCAGCAUCUUUUUGGAAGGAACCUGAACCCUGUACAAAGACUGUCCCAUCCCAGAGUGCAGUUUGUAAGGAUUUGCAAUCAUCUGGAAAAGUGGCCAAAGAUGACCAGACCACCUUUAGAGGAAUUAGCCCUUAUACUCCUCAAUCUCUUCGAUCAAAAGAACCUCACAAUAUCUUUCAAAAUCACUAUGUCACCUACUUUGGCUCAAAGAAUUGCCCAUGUGGGUGUGCUAUCUUGGUACAUAAUAACUUUCCUGAAUGUCAGACUUUGCCAUCUGCCAUUUUACCAUUUGGUAUCCCUUGCUUUGACCCAAACUUGCCAUGCUUCCAUAACAAGACAGGUGUUUCACUGUGUUAUGAUGAGUUACAAAAUACAGGAAUUUGGAGACCAGUUCCCACCAAACCUGCUGCUGGAAUGCAAGUUUACGGACUAUAUGGUUUUAAGUAGAUACAUGAUAAAUAAGUAAGAAGUUCUGAAUAUUUUCAAAAAUAGUACUUUUGUUAGUAAUUUCUGCAGCCUGUUGGUUAGACAGACUACAAGAAACAAAGUUGUCUAGCUAUAGAACUAUCUGAGAGGACUAUUAUAAUUUUCAUGAGAUAAUAACAUUAAGCAUACAAAUAAGUAUGUUAUACCAAUUAUUUUUUGUUUUUAUGAAAAGAUGGAUGACAGAAAAUAGUUUUUAAUUAAUUAUUGAUUGGUUCAGUAGCAUAAUGUAGAAUGCACAUAUUAUUUAUGUUUUUGCAUUUGGCUUAAUUGUCUGGGAUCAGUUUUGACUGCAUUAGUGCUACAACACUUUUCACUAUGUGCCUAUCAUUAUCCAUAGGAAUUUCUGAAAGGGGUACUUUGUAACUCUUUGGGAGUAAACAUCUACUCUUUUUCCUUUUUCAACUAUAUAUUUUUGCUGAGAGUCAUAUCUGGAAACAUUCCAAAAUCUAGUUGCAGAUUCCUGCUUAUAGGCCUUAAAUUUGGAAGACUCACUGUGUACACAGUAAGUAGAAUCCAUGGCAUACAGUGGCAUUCUUAAGUCUUGGACAGUUUUGAUGAUUUGCAACAGGGUAUGCCAAGUGAAAUUGGUAAAUACAUUUUAUUGUGUUUUCUACUGAUUACUAAGCUGAAAUAUAAACAAAGUGACAGCUCUUGGGCAGUACUAAAAAAAACAUUUGAACAUGCAGUUACUAAUCACAGCAGAUUGAAUAUGGCACUGUGAGGGUUGUAUCCAGAUUUUUCAGGAUGCAACAUUUUAAAGAAAUUAAAACACUAAUUAUCUACUCUUUUAUCAGUCUUCAAACACACAAAUGAAAUAAAAAAGGUUCACUUGAGACAGCUUAGAGGGCAACUGUCCACAGGGAUAAAACCUUAAUAUUUGCUAUCCAACUGAAAGGUUCCAUUUGGAGAAUAUGAGUAUAUAUGCUGCAUCGACAUUGUUGCCUCACAGCAAGAGGUUCUCCCAUUCGAUUCUCGUCUGUAGUGCAGGGAGUUCCUUCUGUGUGGAGU